GAAAUUUUUCGGCGAAGUGAAUUGAAUAGCAGUGACGAGUGAAAACGCCGAGUUGUUAGAUGUGGUGUGCGAUUUAUUGUAUGCAUCUGUCGGCGAAAUCACUUGUGGUGUUGAAGAUAGAAUAGAUGUACAAUAGUAUUCAAGUUGAAUUACCUACAAGCUACUAACGUCGUUCCACAAGAUUACUGCAUUUCUGUAUAAUCACCGAUAAAACGAGAUGGAUGUGCCUGUAUUUCCUAAGAAGAUUGCACAACAGCUAAAAGCACUUGCUCGACAAUGUAUGGAUAACCCAUCUCUUCUACAUGAUCCUAAACUAUCUUGUAUCAAAGAGUUAAUAGAGCAUUAUGGUGGCAAAGUACCCGAAAGUGACAAAAGCGAUGAUCCAUUAGUUGGUGAAUAUGAAUCGGAGGAUAAAUAUGAAGAACCCCAAUCUACAGUUGAACCUGAUUCUGAGAGCGAAGAGAGCGAUCUGGAACUAGAUAUGACUGGUGUAAUUGAACCAGAUCAAGAUCCUCCUGAAAAAAUGGGUAAUUUGACUUUACAACCUACAGAAGAGGAAAUUGCGGAAUCACAGUCGAAAAGAUCCGAAGCAGUGUCCGCAUUUAUGGAAAAAGAUUAUGAGAAAGCCAAACAACUUUAUACAGAGGCAAUUGUAUUGAAUCCGCAUGCAGCAUUGUUAUAUGCUAAACGCGGCCAAAUUUUCCUUCUCUUAAACAAACCAAAUGCCUGCAUCCGCGAUUGCGAACGCGCCAUCGAGCUAAAUCCAGACAGUGCAGCAGCUCACAAAUUUAGAGGAAGGGCUUAUCAUUUGCUUGGAAAGUUUGAGGAAGCGGCGAAUGAUCUCAGACUAGCUUGUAAAUUUGAUUUUGACGAACAAGCUGACGAGUGGCUGCGCGAAACAACACCAAACGCGCGAAAGAUAGAGGAACAUAAGAGGAAAAAAGAAAGAAAGGUGCAAGAGAAAUUGGAACAUGACAGACAGGAAAAAUUGCAAAAAGCACGAGAAGCUGCUAAAGCGCGUGAAGAAAAUACGCGAACCUCUCAGACGGAUGCAGGAGGUGCGUCCCCUGGCAUGGGCGAUUUCUACCAAUUCCUUAACGAUCCUGAAGUCCUUCAAGCCUUCCAGGAUCCAGAAGUGGCUGAAGCUUUCAAAGAGAUUUCCGCUAAUCCGACCAACAUUCUUAAAUAUCAGAGUAAUCCUAAGAUAAUGGCCCUUAUCAACAAGGUGGCUUCGAAAUUUGGCGGUGCUGGCGGUAUGCCUGGCGGUUUUCCUGGUAUGAUGGGCGGUAUGCCCGGUUUUCCUGGUGCCGGGGGAGGGCGUCCUAACCCUCCAAAACCGACUCCCCCACAGGACGAUGUUGGUCUCGAUUAAUCGCGAUCUAGUCGUUUCAAGCCUUUACUCUUUGCUAUCUUUUGUUGCAGAGAAGUACGUAUAUCUUAAUGUACGUUUGAUUUAUUAAAGACCAAGUUGUUUUACUUUUUCA